AUGGGGAGCGAAGGCUGUCCCGUGUGGUUGUUGCAUGUCCCUGCUGAUGUUUUUCUUAAGCUUUUUGGAGAACAUUUCUUUCUGUUUUGUAAGCAAGCAGGCUACGACACCAUGCUGAGGACACUGGGAGGAAAUCUCAUUGAAUUCAUUGGAAAUCUAGAUGCUCUCCAUAGUUACCUGGCUCUGUCCUAUCAGAUCCACUGCUCAUUCAUGACUGUUUUUCCUUUCUUUUGCCCAUUUUUCCAUCUUGCUACAGGUAUCAUGGAGGCGGUUGCCAGAGAGUUUUUUGAUAGCAAAGUGACCAUGGUGGUUCUCAAUCAAUCGGAGGAAGAUGAGCGGACAGGGAAGAAGGAGCAUGUUGUGUUCCUGGUCAAACAGACCAACCAAGCUGGCAAGACCAGAGACCAGCACAAUUCCAGUCAUAGAUGGGAGUCAUUACUGAGAACAAUGAGGGACAGAUGUUUGUCACUAGCUGGGAAAAAGCAUGGCUGGGACCUGCUCAGGGCUGUGGUUCUCUCAGAAAAAGGCAGCCUCCAGUGCACGUUCAGUCCAUGUUACCCGAACAACCUAUGGAUGGAAGAGAAAGCUUUCUGCAAUGCUUUUCCCUUCCAUAUUGUCUUUGAUGAAGAUCUGAAAGUAAAGCAGACAGGUGUGAACAUACAAAAGUUUGUUCCAGGUCUUCAGGCCAGAGAUGCUAAAUUGGACCAAUACUUCACCAUUAUACACCCACAGGUGACUUUUACCAUUAGGAGCAUCAGGAAAUUCAUCAACAGUCAAUUUGUCUUGAAGAGCUACAAAGACAAACACACCAUGCUCAAGCUAAGAGGUCAGAUGCUGUGGAUGGAGUCUCUUGGCUGUAUGUUGUACCUGUGUUCUCCAAAGUUACGAAACCUCCAGGAACUUCAAGAUGUUGGCCUCCACCUGUCUGACCUGGCCCAGCAUGAUGUCACCAGAGACCUGGUCCUCCUCAACCAGCAACGUCUAGCUGAGAUGGAGCUCACCAACCAGUUGGAGAGGAAAAAAGAGGAACUGAGAAUCCUGUCGCAGCACCUAGAGGCUGAAAAACACAAGACAGAAACUCUGCUGUAUGCCAUGCUGCCCCGCCACAUAGCCAAUCAGCUUAAAGAUGGGAAGAGUGUAAAAGCAGGGGACUUUGAGGUGUGCACUAUUUUGUUCAGUGAUGUGGUGACCUUCACGAACAUCUGCGCUGCUUGUGAGCCCAUCCAUAUUGUUCAUAUGCUGAACUCCAUGUACUCCAAGUUCGACAGACUCACCAAUAUACAUGACAUCUACAAGGUAUUAAUUGGUUUCUCAAAGGUAGAGACUAUUGGUGAUGCAUACAUGGUGGUGGGUGGCGUUCCAGUCCCGACAGAAACCCAUUCUCACAGAGUGGCAAAUUUUGCUUUGGGUAUGAGAAUAGCAGCCAGAGAGGUCACCAACCCUGUGACAGGCAAACCCAUACAGAUUCGUGUGGGUCUCCAUACUGGUCCAGUGUUAGCUGGGGUGGUAGGGGAGAAGAUGCCUCGCUACUGCCUGUUUGGAGACACUGUUAACACUGCCUCCAGGAUGGAAAGUCAUGGACUCCCUGACCACAUUCACCUGAGCUCUUCCACAUACAGUGAGUUAAAGGAUGCAGGGUUCAACAUACAAGAGCGUGGGCAGAUUGAGGUGAAGGGUAAAGGCCAGAUGACCACUUACUUCCUGUUGGGGAACAUGUUGGUGUCAGAAGAUAGCAUCAUGGGAAGAAAGGUUGGAGGGACCGGUCUUUACAGGGAAGACCUUCAAAAAGGUAAAGAACAAUAUAUGGAAAAUUAUAACAAACGGUUCCACCAUCAAGGUGUGGCAGCUGUCACUCUCAUGAUGUAA